GUGCAGCCCACACCAAGGACAUGCCCUUCACCUGCGAGACCUGCGGCAAGUCCUUCAAGCGCAGCAUGUCCCUCAAGGUGCACUCGCUGCAGCACUCAGGGGAGAAACCCUUCCGCUGCGAGAACUGCGACGAGAGGUUCCAGUACAAGUACCAGCUGCGCUCACACAUGAGCAUCCACAUCGGGCACAAGCAGUUCAUGUGCCAGUGGUGUGGCAAGGACUUCAACAUGAAGCAGUACUUCGAUGAGCACAUGAAAACCCACACUGGUGAGGCCUGGGAGGGCAUUCCCAGGGAAUUCCCUCGUGGUUUGGGGUCUUCUCCAGCUGGGAGAGCUCCAUUCCCUGCCUUGGGUCAUUCCCUGUUCUUGCUGGUGGGACAGUGGGAGCUGGGGUUCCCUGGGGGGAAAUGGGAAUUAUUGCCUGGGUUGUUUGGGUGUGGAGAGGCCCUGGAUGGAG